AAGUAGCUUUAUAGUAAGUUUCCGGUGAGAAUUGCAGAAGGGUGUGCAUUUUUCCUGUACAAAAGUGUUUUUGUGCAAAUACAAUAGAGAUCUUACAUCAUAUUCCACAACAGACACUGAAUGAAUAGACAGCCUCUUUAAUUCGUAAGUUUACGGUGAAAUUAAAUCUGUGAAGAUGAUGGGAAUGGGGAUAGAACAAGGCUACAUGAACAAUGAGCCUCUUGCCUUUAAUGCAAACAAAGGGAAGCCACCCAUGCCAUCAGAUGGGAAAAAAGAUGAUAACUCAAUGAAUGCCUUUGCUGCUAAGCUUCUAAACAUACCGAAGUCAGAUCGUCAGUUCUCGGAUGAUGGCAGUGGCAUGACGAUGCCCCCUAUGCCUCCCGCUGGCAUGACGGAUGGAAAUAUGGACCAGCAGAACAUGAUGAUGCAAGGGGGUCAGGGGUUCUUCCCAAUGGGGGGUAUGGGUCCAAUGAUGGGGAUGAUGGGCCCAGGACCUACGCCAGAGAUGAUGAGUAUGGGCAACAUGGGAAAUAUGAUGAUGUUUCCAGGAAUGGGGUGGGGACCAGGAGGUGCCCCGAUGGGACCUACAGAAAACAUGCAGAUGGCACCUGUAGUGAAGGAAAUCAUUCGAAUGAAGAGUUGUGUACUGUAUCCUCCCCCUCCCAAUGCUCCACCACCAACCACUAGAGAGCGUCCACCUGGCUGCCGUACUAUAUUUGUGGGAGGAUUACCAGAGACAUGCACAGAAGAGAUACUUCAGGAGGUCUUUGGGGAAUUCGGUCCAACAACUAGUGUACGAAAAAGCAAGAAGAAGAACUUUGCACAUGUGAGAUUUGAAGAUGAGAACAGUAUUGAUAGGUCUCUAUUUUUGUCAGGUUACAGAAUGAAAAUAGAGGACAAAGAUGACAAACCAAACACAGGUCGAUUGCACGUGGACUUCGCAAUGGCACGUGAUGACCAGUAUGAGUUUGAAUGUAAACAGCGUGCUUUAAUGCGGGACAUGAGACAUCGUCAGCGAGUGGAAGAGGAGAGGUUACGACCGCCAAGUCCUCCGCCAAUCAGUCAGUACAGCGAUUAUGAAGCAUCAGCAUUGAGUGAAAAAUUAAAAUCUGAUGAAGACUUUAUGAAGGCGUCCCAGGUGUUGCUGACAUGGUUAGAGAGAGGCGACGUCAAUCGUAGAAACAUCAACACAUUCUACAGUAUGAUACAGUGCACAAACUCUCACAUCCGCCGCCUUCUCAUGGAGAAACAUGGCCACGAGGAAGAGUUACUAAGAAUGAAAGAAAAGUUCAAAAGCAUAUUUGAAGGAAUUUUAAGACAAUUUGAUCAGAUUGAGAAAAUCUUCACGUUGGCGCAGAAACAACGUAACUGGGAUCAUUUCACUAAAGCUCAGCGCAAGAACAUUGAACUCUGGCUCAAACAGGCAAAGGAGAUAAAGCAGAACCAGCAGGAAGAAUUCUUCAGUAAUCGACAGGAGGCGGAGAUGGAAAUGUCCGAUGAUGACGAAGGUCCGACUGUAACAAAGAGAAAGAAACCGGAGUACAGUGAAACUACAACAAACCAGUAUGUUGAAAUGGCUGGAAAGUUGAACCAGUUGAAUCAACUAAAAGAUGAAAAUGAUGACCUGAAGUGUCAGAUGGAAGCUUUCAAAAAUGAGCUUGAGCUCUAUAAACAGGAGAAAACAUCAAGCAGGGGUGACAGUGAGAAAGAGGUCAAAGCUCUACAGAUGGCAAUGCAGGGCAUGCAACAGCAACUGAUCACCGCCAGGACAGAGCUGACAGAUUACAAAAAGCGAACAGAACAAGAAAAAGCUGUGCUAAUGAUGGAGAAACAGACAGCAGUAGAUCAACUGAAUAAAGAGAAAGCAGCUAAAAAGGACAAAGACAGCACUAAUACAGAAUCCAAAGGAGAAGAUAAAAAUGAAAACCAUGAGGUUCCACCACAGAAGCCUGCAGUAGCAGAGGAUACUAUAAGCAGUACGGGAACACAGAUCACAGAAAAGGAAGCACAUCUUGUUGGUCUGGUUUGUUGUUUCUUACACGUACAUCCCACGGGUGCAUCGCUGGAUUAUAUAUGGUCAUACCUUCAUCGCCUCGGAGUUGUGUGUCGUGUCAGUGAACUAGAAACAUUACUCGAGAAAAUGUCGGUAAUUUUCCGACAGGAAGUCAGUGGGGUGGGAGCAACAAUAGAAAGACGGUGGCACUUUACCGGAUACCGUGGCAUGAACAGUUCUUCUGCUAUCACGUUUUGACUAAAUUAGUGACAUAAGCUACAUACUUACAUACUUUGCAUUGAAAUACAGUGUUUUUAUGGCUGAUUUCAGAGAGAGGGUCACAAAAGAAACUGGAACACAGCUUCAUUCCAGAAAGAUGUAUCAAAAAGCCACUUGAUAAAGCAUGAUCUGUUAAUCAUGUAUCUGCUACACUGCGCUAGUAUUACGAUACCAUAAUUACUUUUGCAACAUGUUGUGGCCUGUAGGUAAACAUGAAAGUACACUAGCAUAAUAUUGCUUCCUUUUAGUUGUGUGGUAAAUAAGGGAAUUUUCAUUUAACUGAGCAAAAACAAAGAAAAAAUAGAGCAGUUACGCAUCAGUUAAUAGUUUAUUAGCAAGUAUUAUGUGAAAUGGAUUAAUUGGUCAAAUGUCUGUAAAAUGGAUGAAAGGACUCAUUAAAAUUAAGAAGAAAAACACAGUUGAUCCUGUGUAGAAUGUUCUAUUAAAUGAUCUUUUUACGAACUUCCUACCAGUUUUGUACAAAGGGGGUUGAUAGGUUCAUAAAGUUAAUCAAUAGUGUUAAUGUGUGAAACAGUUAAAAUGUCUAUUGCAGUUAACCAGUACAAAAUUAAAUUUAUACCUUUCUUACAUUGGAUUAAUGAAAUAACUCUGGUAUAAUUUGAUGGUAUUGAAAAAAAAAACCACCUGACUGGUUAAUUAGUCAGAUUUCUGUCUAAUUUAUAACCAUUAUAUGUGUACUCUUAUUGAAAAGUGAUAAUGGCAACCAGGACAUAACAGUGUCACUAUAUUUGCCGUAUUUUAGGGCAUUGUUUGAAUUUCAAAAUUUGUCAAAAAUGAUUUUUUUUUGCGACAGACCAAUCAUGAACCAUUUAUUGGUUAUUUGUGAACAUCUUAAUUCAUCGGUACAUCACUUACAUUAAUUGCUCUGUCUGUUAUAUAACUGUAGAGAGCAUGUUCUUUUUAUAGAAGGGAUUUGAAAAUAGGACAGCAUUAUGAAUUAACCUUUACCUUGCUAAAUUUCUAAAGUGGACUAGUCCAUCAUUCAAUUUGGGCAGUACCACUAAUUAUUCAAAGGGAUGUUCACUGAAAAUUUACUGACUGAAUAGCGGCUGAUCUUGUUCUGCACUGGUCACAAAGGUAAAACUCUUUGCCGCCAGCAGACUAAGGUUUUAAGUAAGGAAUCUAGUUUAUAGACAGAUAUAAAUUUUUCAAGAUUUGAUCAGGCUUCAGUAUAUAUUGAAUAUGCUUUCAUAUUGAUCAGUUUUGUUGUUAAAUGUUAGAUUUUUUCUGUUGUAGCAAUAAAAUUGUCUUUGCUUUGUUGAAGGAUACUGAAAAAUCAGACCGUUUGUAAGCAAUUAAUUUUUGCUAGUUUUUUUUACUUUUCUUUUCAAAAAUUACCAGUUGCUAACACUGGCAAAGAACUUACUUUUAUCUGAAAUAUUUAAAGCCUACGCAAAGAUGAAAUGAUAUUAAAUUUAUUGAAAUUUUAGGCCAUGUUAAAAGAUAUAAGCUAGUCCAUUAGGAUUCUUCAAUCUUAGAGAUUGUGAUAGGAAUGUUUACAAAUGUCUUUUGUUGCUGACAUAACAAGUUAAUGCAGUCUAUACUCUGGGCCUUAAGAGGAUGCAUGGUAGAUUAAUUUAUAGUUCCUUGGAAUUUAGGUUUUUUAUACUUCAACCUCUACCUUGAGUCACAUUUCUUUUACAUCUGUCAAUGCUAAAUGAAAGUCAUAUGCGGUUAUAUAGUCGAUUUUCUAAGCUUCAGAACAUCAACACUAGACUGCCUAGAGACAUACUGUAAAAUCAUAUAGUUUUGAGGGCAUGAAAUUUCGUGGUUUUGGUCAAAACGGCAAUUUCAUGGGGAUAUGAAUUUGUGGAUUUUAACUUUUGAACAAAAAAAUGAAUGGGAAUUUUACUUGUUAGUUGGGAAUAAAUUUUAUGGAUUGACUCAACCAUGAAAUCUACGAAAAUUAGUCCCCCCCACGAAUAUUAAUGAUUUCACAGACAUUGAACCAAUGGGAGCAAUCGUGCAUAUCAGACAUUUUUUUAGUCGUUUUCUCUAUUCUUUUCAGUGUCUUUUUGUGGUUUUAUUUUAUUUUUUGUAAGAAAUUCAAUAUUGAUAUCCUUCAUUUCUGUGUUGAUAUACGGUAAUCAGUUGUUAAAUCUAAAUCAGCAGUACAUCUAUAUCAUGAUUAACCCUUGCCCUGCUAAAUUUCUAUAAUGAACUUGUCCAUCUUUCAAUUUGGACAGUACCAUUGACUGUUAAAAGGGGUGCUUACCAAAAAGUUACUAACUGAAUGGCGAUCAGUGCAGAUCUUGAUCAGACUGCACAGAUGGGCAAAUUGAUCGUGAUCUGCUCUGGUUGCAAAGGCAGAAUCAAUCAUGUCCAGCAUGAUAAGGGUUUAACAGUGCCAUUUCUACAUCUUCUAAAAUCUUUCUUCUACAUAGUCAAGCAUUAUCAUUCAUGUGUAUAUAAAAGAAUGAUAGGGCAAAUGUCAUCCAUUUAUUACGUUACCAUUGUUUUAUAUGUAACAUGUUUCAAAGGUCUUACAUCAUGAAAUGUUGUUAAGAUUUAAUCUCAAUGCUGUAAAAUUUAUGUAAAAAAAAUUAAAGAAAA